CAAGCGUCGUAGAAUUUUGGUGUUUAGAUAUUGCAUGAAAAUUUAGUUCGUCAAUCCGGCUCCUGAAUCCUUUGCUAAAAAUGCCACGUGUCCGUUGGUCCCUACAUAAACCACAACUUACCCUUGUCCUUUUCUUCGGUCCAUUACUGAAUAUUUUCCUCCGGGCCUUUUUAUACCUAAAUCGACAUUUGCAUAUGUGCGCACUACGCACUCCCUCGUACACUGAAUCGGAGUCUCGUGCCUUGCCCACUCUCUCUUCACACAAAGCUCGCCUCAACGCCUUCAUCGUUUCCACCUUUUCUCUACACCCGCUGCUCUCUUUCCCUGCGCACUAUAAACCAAAACCUGCCGUUUAAACUCUGAAACUUCUCUGUUUACAGGAAUAUCAUAUGCAUUAAUGGCCGUACACAGGAUCGAAAGAGCAGAUCUAUGGAAGAGCAAGGCGCGAGUAUUGCAGCUUCGGCUCAGAGAACGGUUCCGAGUGGCUGUAGACCGGCAUCGCAGACGGCCGUCGAUGUUUUCCGAUGGUUACUUCUCGUCGACGGUUCAACGGCUGCUGAUUCACUUCCGGGACUUUCGCCAGGGCUCUCUGCAGUCUUCUUCAGCCUUUUAUCGUAAAAGAGUUAGUAAGGACUUUACUGCUGAAGAAGAUUCUGUUAUUAUUCGCAUGCUUCAGUCCGUUGCUGUUCCUCUCCUUGGAAAUAUGUGUCAUGUAUUUAUGAAUGGUCUUAAUCAUGUUCAGGUCUACGGGUUAGAGAAAUUACAUGAUGCAUUGCUUCAUAGGCCUAGGAACAAACCUCUUUUAACGGUGAGCAAUCAUGUUGCUUCUGUGGAUGAUCCAUUUGUUAUUUCUUCACUACUUCCUCAGAGAGUACUUUUGGAUGCUCAGAACUUAAGAUGGACACUUUGUGCAACUGACCGCUGUUUUCGUAAUCCUGUGACUUCUGCAUUUUUUCGAUCUGUCAAAGUAUUGCCUGUAGCUCGUGGUGAUGGAAUUUAUCAGAAGGGCAUGGAUAUGGCUAUUGCAAAGUUGAACAAUGGUGGAUGGGUUCACAUUUUCCCAGAAGGUAGUCGAUCUCGUGAUGGUGGAAAGACUAUUGGGUCUUCAAAGAGAGGUGUUGGGAGAUUGGUCCUUGACGCUGAUACUGUUCCUAUAGUCAUCCCCUUUGUACACACCGGCAUGCAGGAAAUAAUGCCUAUAGGAGCCAACUUUCCGAGGAUUGGUAAAAUGGUGACAGUGCUUGUUGGCGACCCAAUCCAUUUUGAUGAUUUGCUUAAUGCAGAAGGAAUAGAACACAUAUCAAGAGGAAAAUUAUAUGAUGCUGUAGCUUCUAGAGUUGGUAGUCGAUUGUGUGAACUGAAAAUUCAAGUUGAAAAGUUGGCAUUUGAACAGGCUAUCAGGCUGCAACAUCCCAAUGCAGGAAGCAUAGAGAGGGCCAGUGAUAUGCUACAACAAGUUGAUUGGGAUUCAUUUGGCAUGGGAAGCCGUGUACUUACUGAAGAUGAUACAUUGGGACCUGGAAUCCAACCAAAACAAAACAUUGCCUCUCACCGGGAACAUCAGGAACCCAUUUCUUCUGAUCGAUCUUUCAGAAUGGGAUCCACCUGUGAAGGUGGAACCAUUUCAAGGAUCCAUGGUUGCGUGGAUUCGUUUGAGCUACUAGGUUUCGCAGCCAGGGGCGUAUUUAUAAGCCCUAGGCCGAGGAUAAAUGCACCUGGUGUUGGAGAUGCAAGCCCGUUGAGAGCGUGGAAACAAUAUCUAGAAGCUAACUUGCUAACACAGUGGAAUACCUGCUGACCAAAUAAACUAGUUAGAUGAUGGAACAUAGCAAAAUUUUGAUUGUAGUGUAAAUAAAGCAAAUUUUUUAUCAAAUUUUAUGAAUAGGCUCAAAAAAUUGUUCACUUA